UCAAAAUUUGGUGUGAGAAAUGUAAAUUUUAUAGAUGGCAUUUUUGCUAUUUAUUAACGUAUUUUAAUUGGUGUUCACCAAUGAGGAUGAAAUUAUCACGUGUAAAGAUAUUGCUCCAAGGUGGUGUCCGUUUCACUUUGAAAUGUAUCGAACCAAAAGAUGGGGGCGUAAUGGCCCUGGCGUUCAUGCACCGAGGAAAGAGUACCGCGGUUUCUUCAGGCCAAGAAUACUGUAUAAUGGACUCCAGCAGCAUUAGGCCUAAUGUUAAAGAGCCCCGUGUCAUUAUUGUCGGUGCUGGCAUCGCAGGUCUAUCUGCAGCCCAUCGUCUCACACAAUGCGGUAUCCGCAAUUUUGUCGUUUUGGAGGCUAAAGAGAGACCGGGGGGAAGAAUACAUUCAUGCUGGCUUGGAGAUUCAGUUAUUGAGAUGGGAGCGGAGUGGAUUUAUGGUGCUUGUUUACCCAACUCUGUCUAUACCCUGGCAUCAAAUGACAGACUACUACAAUCACCUUUACCUAGACUUGACCCAUCGCGUGGCUUGUUUUGUACUAGUGAGGGACGUGCAGUCGAUUUUCCUGUAACAAUCACAGCCUACCAUACCUUUCGACAAAUAGAGCAGCAAGCGGCAAAUUUGUUUAGACUGGGUGGAGAACGAUGUCACGGGACUUUACUAAAUUUUCUUGGAUUACGUAUUCAACAGGAGCUACACAAUUUCCCCGAAGACCAAAGAUAUGACGCGGCUCGAGUUAUGUUUGGAUUGACAAAUCUUCUACGUAAUAGAUGUGGAGACGAUUUAUCGCUUGUAAGCGCCGAUCAAUACGGAAGCUAUAUUGAACUUCCGGGUGGAAACGUUCGAGUUCCUUUGGGAUUCGUAGGUGUAGUCGCACCUUUAUUGCGUGGACUUCCGGAAAACACCAUACGAUACAGUAAGCCUGUAAGUGUGAUCCGGUGGGGUACGGGUGCGACAGGCCCUGGUCGAGUAAUGGUAAAAUGCUGCGACGGCGAAGAAAUGUGCGGCGAUUAUAUUAUUAUUACCUUAUCGCUAGGAUGUCUUAAGUGUCAAGCGGAUAAAUUAUUUUCACCGCCACUUCCGGUAUGCAAAUUAGAUGCAAUUUGUAACUUGGGGUACGGACUCAGUGAUAAAAUAUUCCUUGAAUAUGCAGAGCCAUUCUGGGUAUGUCACGAAGGUAGCCUUAAGCUUGGUUGGUCGGCUGAGGAACUCGCUUGUAGAUGUGAUUGGACUCGAGGGGUGUGUUCUAUAGACGAAAUGCCAGGAAGUAAACACGUGUUAUGCGCUUGGAUUUCUGGUCAAGAAGCAGCUAUGAUGGAAUCGAUGUCUGAAAGCGAUGUCGCCGAAGGCAUAACGCAAUUGCUUCGGAGAUUUACUGGAAAUCCGUGUCUUCCAUAUCCAGAAAUGAUGCUACGAUCACGAUGGGCGUCUGAUCCACAUUUUUGUGGAGCGUACUCUUACAUGAGUUGUUGCUCUACCGUUAGUCAUCAAUGUGAAUUAGGAACUCCUGUGCCUGGUCCCUGUGACGCUGAGCCGCCUAAGUUAAUGUUUGCAGGAGAAGCCACCGUACCGGGAUAUUUUGCAACUGUUCAUGGCGCGAGACUUAGCGGCAUUCGUGAAGCUGAACGUAUAGUUUUGCUAACAAAGAAAUUCGAAGGGCCACCUUGCACAUAGUGCACAGACGUUAGUUGAUUUAUGUGUAAGAAAAGGCGUGUGUGUCUGUAUUACAAAGUACUUUUGGAAGAUUUGAAAUUUUACAACUCCUUUAUUGUUUUUGGUUCAUUUUGAAUAAAAAGAAAACAACUCUGUAUGUUUGUUUUAUUUAAAUUGUAAAAUAAAUUAUUUAAACCUUUUGGUGUAUUUGAACUAGUUAAUAAAAGUUUCUCAACUACGAAACAUGUAGAAAUAAAACAGGGACCACAUGCGUUAACAUAACUCUCAUCUACAGUGUAU